AUGGAGGAGUCGUCUUCGAGGUGAGUAUCCUGAAACAGGAAUGAAGUGUUACAAGAGCUGCUUCCCUGUCCCCCACCAUCAGUCUGGCUGUUGGUUAUGGAUUGGUUCGGUGUCGGUUCAGACCCCUCUCCCCCAUCCGGUUCUAGAUCCGGAUUGGUGAUGAAUAGUUUAUCAGGACUAAUGCGAUGGCAGGGCGACUGGAGGUCAUUCGAGUCAGGCCCAGGCUCGGAUGCUCCACUCUCUCCCUCACUACUAGAACACGAGUGGUAGGGUGCCGGGACGUCGGCGUAGAACCCCAGCCCGGGACGUGGGAUGCAUGGAACUGGGAGAGGAGGAGAACCGGAGUGCCUAAGCGCCUCGGGGAAGUUACACACACACCCAACCGGCAGAGUUUGCAUAUCGUUCUCCGUGACGAACUCGGGGCGUCGGACUUUGAGGCGUCUGAUGCAAGGUAUGUCCAGGGGGUAACUGGGGGAGGGGGGCAAUGUCAAUGAUUAGGUUGGCGGGAAUGAGCGGGGGCAGAUACUGAACUAGCCUUUCUGCUGUAGCGCUAGUUGUUGGUGAGGGUGGCAUCUCUUCCAUGACUGAGCCCUGA